AUGCCGGAAAGUAUCAAAAGCGGCUUACAGCUGAUCCUUCCUGUCAUUGCCCUCAACGUCGCAAAUGGCGUGGCUUUUUGURAUUUACUGGGCAUCUCCGCAAUCAUUCCUACCGUCUCGCUCCACUUUGGUUCUAUAGGUGCGAUCGAAUGGGCAACAACCUCACAACUCAUCGGGGCAACAGUCGGGCAAUGCGUGCUCGGAUACCUCAGUGAUGUCUUCAGCCGACGAGACAUGCUCAUCUUUGGCCUUGUUCUCCUGUUCGCCAGCACAAUGGCUACCAUCUUCUCGUUUCGCCUAGCCUCCCCGAUUCUGUUCGUCGUUCUUCGCGCUUUCUCCGGCAUCGCCGUAGGAUCAAUAUCCAGCCUUGUCAACAUCGCACAAUCAGACAUCGCAACCAAACAACAACGACUGAAGCUGCAGGGAAUCCAGGGAACCUCAGUCGCCAUCGGGAGCAUUCUCGKCWUGAUGGUUGGAGCGGUCUUCGUUCAACAAAAUCGAGCUCAUCAUCUUUACUCUGUGGAGGCUGGGUUGACGGCCCUUGCUCUCGCUCUGAUCGCAUGUUUUGUCAAACCCCAUCGCCAAAGACCGUCUUGGAAGGACCUUCGGGACGUGCUAAAAGACGUCGACUACGCUGGGAUCUUGUCAGGAACCGGAUUUAUCGUGCCCGGCUUGAUCAUUAUAUCAAAGUACGAUAGGCUCGCUAAAUCGAUCAUAGCAGCUCUCGGCGCACUUACUGGAGUCUGUCUUGCGACAUUCGUAUACGUUGCUCUCAAAAAGCCUUUCAAGUCUCGACCAAUCGUGCCCUUCUGGCUUUUCAGGAACCACACUCUUUCUGCCAUCUACACGCAGAACCUGCUUUUUGGAGCAGCAUACUACACUUUCAUCUACUUCUUUCCAAUCUAUCUCAUGACUGUCCGUCAGUGCAAAGCGUUGGAGGCUGCUUCGAUGAUGAUCGCAUACUUUGUCUGUCAUGGCUUCUGGUCGGCGGCUUCGGCUCAGGUCAUUCUGUGGCUACAACGGAGAGGUCGCAAAAGUUACUCCACAGUCAUCCUUCAAGGCUUCAUUUGCUGGGCCGGGGCUGUUUCUGUCAUCGCUGGCGGCGCUUAUAGUACUCACCACGAACCCAUCGUAGUCACCAUUCUCAUGGCCGCUACGAUCGGCUUCGGGACUGGCGCUUGCUUUCAAAACUCCGUCCUUGCGAUCCGAGAGCAGGUCACCGAUGAGACUAACGCCGUUGCGCUCGGUGUCCGGAAUGUUUUGCGAUACCUCGGAGGCGCAGUCGGCACUGCCGUGAGCGGAAUCAUCAUGCGGUCGGUGUUGAAGAAAAACAUCCCGGAAAAUCUGAUGCAGUAUAGGAAACACACCAUCAGCUCGAAGGAAUUGGACGACAUUCCGAAUGAAGCAGAUCGAAAUGUGGUAAGGAGUGGGUUUAGCAAGGGGAUCACUUGGGUGUUUGUGAGUUCUGCUGCCUUGCUGGCGAUUUGUAUUUUUCUGUGCAUCUUCCUGAAGGAGGCACCGAGUGAUGAAGAGAGCAAGAAGGAGACGUUAGAACUGGUCGAGUCUCCCAGCUCCACAGCUUCGGGGGAGAAUGUUGACGUGGUGCACGGUGAUGCACAUCAGGUAUGA